AUGCAAAAUAAUGAGAAGCUUCCUGGAUUUUCUGGUGACAUUCUCGCAGAUUAUCAGGUGGAUUUCGUGGCGUUUCAGUCACCGAUUUGGAAUUUACACAAUGAGGAACGCAUAGAUGGUGUGCAUCAUCCUUCAGCAGCAGCAACAGCAGCGGCAAUCUUUCGUCAGUUAAGAAGUGGAAUUUUCAAAGUGAUUCUCCUCAGGGAAGCAUAUUUGUCGCUAGUGGCGAACGGGCAUAUUUAG